GAGGGUUUUAGAGCUCACCUCCAUUCCUACCCCGAUCGACUCUCUCAAACCCUUCUGUCUCCUUUUGAGAUAAUUAAAAUCGAGUGUACACCGGCCCUAGUCGGUGCCCAUUCACCCUAACUCUCCACUGAACUAGGUUUGUAGUACGAGGGAGUGAGGACCCCGAGUCCACCAGCUCAACCCCGGCCCCGCCCCGUCGGCCUGGCCCGGGGCUGGGAGGAGAGGAUGCCUUUGGAGGCGCAGAAUCCGAAAAUAUGGAUCAACUCAUAAACAACUUGGAGGUCCAACUUAAUUCAGAAGGUGGCUCAAUGCAUAUAUUCAAACAGGUCACUGGCCCUGUUAAAAUUAGAGAUUCUCUUAAGGCAGCAGACAGAGGUAAUAUGACAUCUCCACCACUCCUGGAUGCCAACCCCAUGGAGAACCCAGCACUGUUAAAUGACAUCAAGAUUGAGCCCCCAGAAGAACUUCUGGCUAAUGAUUUCAACCUGCCCCAGGUGGAACCAGUUGACCUCUCCUUUCACAAGCCAAAGUCUCCUCUUCAGCCUGCCAGUAUGCUGCAAGCUCCAAUACGUCCUCCCAAGCCACAGUCUGCUUCCCAGACUCUUGUAGUAUCCACUUCAACAUCAGACACAGGCACUUCAGCAAACAUCCCUACUGUUCUGACUCCAGGCUCUAUCCUGGCCUCCUCUCAGGGCACUGGUGGCCAGCAGAUCUUACAUGUGAUUCACACCAUCCCCUCAGUCAAUCUGCCAAAUAAGAUGGGUAGCCUGAAGGCCAUCCCAGUGAUGGUGCAGUCGCUGCCCAUGGUGUAUACUACUUUGCCUGCAGAUGGGAGCCCUGCAGCCAUUACAGUCCCACUCAUUGGAGGAGAUGGCAAAAAUGCUGGAUCAGUUAAAGUUGACCCCACCUCCAUGUCUCCACUGGAGAUCCCAAGUGACAGUGAGGAGAGUACAAUUGAGAGUGGAUCCUCAGCCUUACAGGGUAUUCAGGUACAAGAACCAGCAGCAAUGAGCCAAAUGCAGGGAGAAGAAUCCCUUGACUUGAAGAGAAGACGGAUUCACCAGUGUGAUUUUGCGGGAUGCAGCAAAGUGUACACCAAAAGCUCUCACCUGAAAGCCCACCGAAGAAUCCAUACAGAUUCAAAGAAACCUGCCUAUGGGCCAGAAAUAGCUUUUCAGUCAUCAGUUUGCACCCUAUCCUUGAAGACUUCUCAUCCCCAAUCAUCUCCAGCUCAAAAGUGAGAUUUGGACACCCUGGACUAGGAAGGG